UGAAAGGAAUACUUCCUGUUAUCUGACACAAACCAGGAGGUAUUUUGCAGGUUAUUUUUCAAUAGAAUUUUACGUCGCAGCAUCCACUGAAUGUGUGCUCUCUUGAUACCAAAACGUGAUCAUUUGUGAGUAAGCUCUGACUGGAAAUGAAACCAGAGCACCAGGAUCUCAUCCUGCGGGCGUGCGCCGCCUCAUCGCUGCGUGUCGGUGCCAAGAUGCAGACGCUGUGGAGCGGUUACGGGGAGAUAGUCCGGCUGCACCUGGAGGGCUGCGACCGGCCGUCGGUGGUCGUCAAGCACGUCAAGUUUCCGCAGGAGGCCGCGCACCCCGGCGGCUGGAACACGGAUCGCUCGCACACGCGCAAAGUGAGGUCCUACGAGGUAGAGACGCACUGGUACCGGAACUAUUACACCGACCGGAGCUGUCGGACUCCCGCCUGCCUGGCUGUUUGUUCCCAUGGCGACGAGAUGCUGAUCGUGCUGGAGGAUCUGGACGCGGCGGGUUAUGACCAGAGAAGGACCAGCGUGAAGGACAGAGAAAUAAAGGCCUGUCUGCGCUGGCUCGCCCACUUCCACGCGCUCUUCCUGGGCGUGCCACCCGAGGGCCUGUGGCCCGUCGGCACAUACUGGCACCUGGAGACCCGUCCGGACGAGCUGGAGGCGAUGGACGACGCCGAGCUCAAAGCGGCAGCCGGUGCCAUCGACGAGACGCUGAACGGAUGCGUCUUCAAGACCCUCGUUCACGGAGACGCCAAGUUAGCCAACUUCUGUUUCUCGCAGGGCGGAGAGGACGUGGCGGCUGUGGACUUCCAGUAUGUCGGCGGCGGCUGCGGGAUGAAAGAUGUCGUGUAUUUUUUAGGGAGUUGCAUGGAAGAGAGGGAGUGUGAGAAGAGGGUACCGGGCCUAUUGGACCACUAUUUCACCGAGUUGAAGCGGUCCGUGAAGAAGGACGUGGACUUUGGCGCCCUGGAGAAAGAGUGGAGGGAGAUGUUUGCUUUUGCAUGGACGGAUUUUCAUCGCUUUCUGCUGGGAUGGAGGCCCGGACACUGGAAGAUUAACCGGUACAGUAAGCAGCUGACCAAGGAGGUUCUCCUCAAACUGAAACUUUAAACAAAGAAGCUUUAACUGAGCGUGUGGCUGAGAGGUGACGGGUUUGAAACUGAAAAAUCUGAAAAUGUAAUAAUCUCAUCAGCCCGAACAGCCGGUGUAGACAGAAGCAUGCACGCUGUUUCCGGAGAAGGUUUUAAAAUCUAUUUUCUUUCCCAGGCUCUUUGAAUGGAGAAAAUCUGUUUUUUGACUUCGCUUCAUGUAUCCACACAUUUUGGUUGACGUGUCAAUAUGUGAUCUUAAAAAAAUAAUAAUUAAAAGGAUUUUAGUUCUGUAAGACGUUUGAAAAUGUAUUAAACUAUUUACUACUAGGUGGUGACUUUUUUGAAUAAAGAAUUUGUUUGAUUAUUAUUUAA